GCUGGUUCGUGUAUGUAGCUGCCCGAGGAUUUCUGCAUUCUCAUUCUCACUGUCAGUAAAUUUCCGGAAAGAUGGAUUCACGUGUGCACUUGAAAUUGGAUAGAACUGCUGGAUCUUCCAUCGAUGCCUAUUUAGAAUAUAAACGGAUUGUUGGAGACGAUGAUAAUGGAAAACUUUUUACUCCUGAGGAGUAUGAAGAAUAUAAAAGGAAAGUUCUUCCAUUGCGAUCUAAAAACAGAUUGUAUGUGAGCUGGAGUAACAGUCAAGGUAUGGAUUGCAAAAUCAUUGGACCUGAAACCAAAUGUUUUUGUCAACACAGAUAUAGACAACACCAAACUGAUUUUGAAUCAAUUCCAGAAACAAGACCUAUACAUCUUCCAUGCAAGGUGAAAAAUUGCUCCUGUCGAUCCUAUGAAUAUAUACCCACAAUCGGCUCACAACCAAUCAGAUGUCACUGCAAACAUUUCGCUACAGAUCAUUCUGCUAAAAAUGAUCAUCAGUGUACUAAACCAGGUUGUACUUGUCAAAACUUUACAACCUCAUUCAACUGUGGAUGUGGAGAGAUUGUUGGUUGUCAUUCAAUGAUUGUUGAAACAAAAGAAGAAAGAUUUGGACGUGGUCAUCCAGUUGCGAGGGAAGAGCCAGGAUAUGCAGCAAUGGGAGGUAUAACCGGAUUCAGUUCAUUAAUUGAUGGAUAUAUGAGAUUGGAUGAUAGUGGUGUAGGUGCUCCUCCUCUUGAAUGGCUGGAGCAACCAACCACAAGUUCUGAUCAUCCAUUUCUAAGAGCCUAUGACCCCAAAGGAGUGCAACCAGCGAAAAGCAGACCUGGCAUAAAGCCAAAGCCAUCAUCUUUGACAACUCAGAAACAACCAAUGACCAGAAAAGUUGCUUCAAAAACAACUUAUCACCGGAAAGGGACUUGACAAACGCCUUGCCUGACUCGUUGUGGAAUUGUUUG